AUGGAUCGUCUUCAUGUUCCAAUCAUGGCAGAUUCUCUUCUCUCCUCCAUCGCCACCUUUCACACAACCAAGCCAAUCGUCACGGAUCCCACCAAGUACUCCUUCAUUGGAUCCAUUCCUGACACCAUGCUUGCCUGUGUGUCUACAGCAAGCAAUGUUCUGCAACAAUACAGGAAGAUUCCUUCUUCGGGUCCAAGGGAGAUCACGCCAGCAAUGGUUCGCUCCAUUGAAGAGGAUGACAAGCCAGCAAAGAGGGGAAAGAAAACUGAGACUCAGAAGAAGACGAAAGUUACUAAACCAACCAAGGGGCAAACCCCUAAGAACGAUUCAGACUCAGAGUAUGUUCCUCCCAAACACAAAUCUGCUCCACCUUCAGAAUCUGAAAGCGAAAGCGCUGACGAUGAGGCUUCGGAUCUUGGUGACACCCCGCCUCGCUCCCCUACCCCAGAAAUACCAGUUCGCUCCCUACCUCCUUCUCCUCCACCUGUUGCCAUCCUAAUAUCCAUCCCUCCAAUAUUUCCUAUCCCUGCAUCUCAACCAUCAACCACUAUUCCCAUCCCUACUCGAAUCUUCACAGACACUACCAAUACCACCACUACUAUAGGGGCUCAUUCUACGACUCCCACCCCACCUGUUACAACCGAACCACCUAUUACAACCGAACCUCCUACCACUACCAAACCCUUAUCACCUACCCCAUCUACUGACACCACCCUAGUUCUAGGCGAUGAGGCUUUGGAAUUUGAUUCCACUUAUUUCAGUCCUUACCGUGUACAAAGUGAUGAAAACGACGAUGAACCUGUCACCAAGCGUCAUCUCAAAGCAUUCAACGACAAACUCGAUCAACUGCUUUCCUCCUCUUCAUCUGCGGUUUAUUCUGAUGCUGCUUUAAAGGCUUUGUUCUCCUCUGUAGUCCAAGAACACAAUGCCUCCCUUACUACUGCAACCAAGGCUAUAGACGCCUCCACUUCCCAAUGCCAGAAAGCCUCCCUUGCAGUUGAGACUUCCACCAAGGAGUGCAAAGAAGCGACUGCAAAAAAAAAUUCUCAAACUGUGAACGACUCGGUUGAUAACCUUCAACGUUCUCUUCAACCUGAACGGUCCAACCUUGAAGCUGCUCGUCAAGCAAUCGAAGCAGCCAAUGCCACUCUGCACGACAAUGUCAAUGAUCGAUUGACUCAAUUGGAGGUAGAGUUGGCAGUUGAAAAUCCCAUCAUGGAUGAACUCAACAAAAGAACCUCUCAACUGAAGAUAGAGAAUCUCAAAAUUCGCACUGCAACAGCUGAACUCAAUGACUUGAAGCAUUUGGCUGACAAACUUCGAACUGAACUGGACAUCCUUAGUUGUAUCGAGGGUGUUCUGGUGACUAGUGUCAAUCCCAAACAAGGGGGAGAGAAGAUAGCGAAGACUCAACCUCCUCCUGCACCGAAACCAACUGCUGAACCGAAGGUUAAUGAAGCUUUGGUCAGUAAUAGAGACAAGAAGAAGAAGAAGAAGAAAAUUGAGGAGGAUGACACUGAUAAUAAAGAAGAUGUUUAUGAAAAGGAUCCCGAAAAUCCUUUUCAGAAGACAAAAUCUUCUGAUAAAGAGCUUGAAGAAAGGUUUAAGAAACAAAAGGCUGAGCUGGAGCAGAAGCAAAAGGAAAAGGAUCUCCUGGAAAAGAAGAAGUCCAUUUUUCCUGAAUGGACUCUUGAUUUGCUCCAAAGAUGUGCCAUAGAUGAACCAAGUACACUUUGGCUUGAGCCUGUGAUGUCGUUCUGGCUUGACAACUCCAAGGAUGCACAAUUUGACAUGUCGAUCACGCCAAAGGCAUUCAUCUUUCACUGCUUCAACUCGACUGUUGCCAUCCCAUCUCCAGAACCAAAGGUGGAUCGGGAUCUAUUGGAAUUCUACCUGGAGUUCGCUCAACCCUAG